AUGAAAAGCUUCAUUUUGUGCGUUUUACUGUUCGACCUUACGUUCUCCUCCACAACUGUUCCAGCAAAUACACAAGCAGCCACAACUGAUGCUGGAUCUGUUACGUCUGAGGGUACGACAUUGGCUGCGACCACUACAACUACAACUACGGUGCCAACCACAGAGGGUACCAAAAGCCCAGAAAUCCUGAACCAACCCUUGGAUGUGAACCUGCUGGAGUCCACCAAGGUUCAGACUGAGUUACUAUGUAUAGACUGCACUGAUCCAGAUGGCCUGAAUACAGAGGUUCAUAUUGCUGCCAUUCGUCCUGAUAAUACAAGUUCUAGUUUCUCAUCUUUUGCCAUUUGGAAGGAAGAUGGGGCCACAGGUUAUUGUGUUCAUUUUAUACCAGGACAGGGGAUGCUGUCUUACACAGAAACACCCAUAUUGACCCUACAGCUAGAGUGUACAGAUGGUGUUGAUGAACCUACAUCAGCUGAUUUGACAGUUCGUCUUCAACCGAACUAUCCACCCCAGUUCACUCAGAACGUUGCCACAGUCAACGUGCCAAGCAGCCAGUCUAAAGUAAAGAAUGAUGUGAUAUAUUCGGUGACUGCCAGUGACGCGACACCUGGUGACAACCUGACAUUCACCAUGACAUCAUCACCUGACACUGGAUAUUUCACCAUUGAUCCAAUUAGUGGUGAAAUCAAAGCCAAUCAAGACCUAUCAACAUUAUGUGAUGUUCAAUCAACAGAGCUAGAAGUCAUGGUGACUGAUGGAUUCAAUGAACCUCAGGGGCCAAUGAAAAUGACUCUCAAUUUAGACGACAUCAACCAGCCGCCCAGUCUGACCAAUAUGAACAGGGAGAUCCUGGUUGGAGAACAUGCUCUGGCUGAUAAAAAGGACACCCUGUAUACCAUUGAGCAUGAUGAUGAGUUCAUCUUAAACAACCAGCUUCAGUAUACCCUUGUCACCACACCAUCAGAAUAUUCAGCUUACUUCGCCAUGAAAAAUGAUGACGGCUACUGCCCUGGGCAGCCAUCUUGGAUCAAAAUCAAAGUAACCGAUGAGAAUGACCCAGUAACUUUGAACCUCGGUGAGCCUUUGGGAAAUGUUGAUGAAGGAUUGAUAACAUUUGAUCCCACCCCUCAAAUCAAAGACGAAGACCGUCUGGACAAUCCAGUCUAUUCCUUGGUAGGCAAGAACACCCAGUUCACCAUCGAUCCCUCCACUGGAGUGAUCUCCUCUAUAGGGGAAUAUGACAGAGAUAGUACAACGAAUAAAGCUGUCGUGAACUUGAUGAUCAGAGCUACAGACAAGGGAGGCAACUAUAGUGAAGCUGCCGUUACCUUGAACGUUGAUGAAAUAAAUGACAAUGCUCCAGAGGUGACCUCCAAGAGCUACACGGCAGACGCCAUGACCUGCAGUCCUCCGGCUGACUUGGGGAUAACUCUACCGAGCCCAACUGAUGAUGACAGACGAGGAAGCAUCAAUGAAGACGUCGAGUAUAUACCCCAGAGUUCUGGCCCUUUGAUGGUAACCAAGGCUGGCCAAGUAUUUUUGACCUCCACCCCAAAUGCUGGUUUCUAUAGUGUUAAUGUGUUUGCCAAAGAUCAAGGGAUCAAUCCAGGUCCAUUGAUCAGUGCUACAUCAGUGACAGUGAACCUGCUAGUGACUCCCUGUACCACCACGCCAGUUCCUACUACCAAGAAAGUGGUAGUACAACAAGCAGCUGCCAGCAGUAACAGUAACAGUAAUAGCCAAAAUAGCAUCCAGAAUGUUGCCACUUCUGCUCCAGUGUCAGCUGAUACCAGCUUUGAUUGGACAAAUCUAUGGAUUGCUUUAGGAUCUAUCUUAGGAGCUUUGCUGUUGGGUCUGCUGGCCUAUCUUCUCUAUAAAUGUUGCUGCUCCAAUGGUUGCAGUAGUGGAUCCAGAUGUCGUUGCUGUCGAAGAUGCUGCGAUACAGAAAGAGUGUCCACACCAAUGUCUCAGAAAAAUAAAGUGGCACCAAGCACGCCAAUGAAAGAAGCAUAUACAGAAGAUGAAGGAGAGCUUUAUGACUUUUGGAAAGAACAUUAUUUAGAAGAAGAUAUUAUUAUAGAACCAAAUCGGUUAGCUCUACCUUCGCCUGUCAUAAAAAUGAUAAAUAAGAAGAAACAUGUCUGGUAUAUUUGGUUUAUUUUGUAUUUAGGCAUAGUACCUUUAAAAUGUGUACCAAACAUAGACAACCAACCUCUAGUCUUCACAUUAUUUGAGGGGACGAUACGAGAAACAGAAAUAGCUUGUAUCACUUGUACCCCCACCACUCCCGGCACUCCCUACGAUCUCAAGAUACUGUCAGUAACACCCUCAACACCCUGUGGUCAGAGAUGUUUUGGUUUGUGGAACAAAGCCAAUGCCCUUGCUCCCCCAAAUUAUUGUUUAUAUUAUGUUCACUCUCAAUCGUCAUCUUUGAGUUAUUUGACCGCAUCAACUUACAGAAUCAAUACACAAUGUCGUGAUGACACAACAACGUCAACUGCCAUCAUUGAAAUCAGACUGAAUCCAAACACUCCGCCUUAUUUUACCUCUAUUUUUGGAGAUGGUCAAAUCCGUGUAACUAAGGACAUGAAGAGCGUAUGCUCCGUGUCCUCAACAGAGUUACAAGUUACCGUGCGUGAUAACGCUAACACUAUAGGUGGGCCAAAACGUAUCGAAUUGAAUUUUGCAGAUGUAGCUGUGGCGCCAAGCGUCAGUAACAUAGAUACUGUGAUUACUAUAGUAGAGUUGCAGGCGGUGCCAGUAAUUAUCAGAACUUUGGCGCCCAGUGUUACCCCAGUAACCUACAACUUACUGGCUGUACCAACAACCUAUACUGACCAUUUUAGUGUUCAGGGGACGGAUGGAAAUGACCUGUUCUUAACGAAGGCACUUAAUUUUGAAGAUGUGGCCUUCAUCAAUGUAACAGUAGAGGUCCAAGAUGGUUUCUGUAUUGGUCGAAAUUGGAUUGGAAUAAAUGUUUUCAAUCAAAAUGACCCUCCCACUUUAACUGUCAAUCAAAAUGCUUUUGUUGUGGAUGAAGGAAUGAUCAGCAUUGAUCCAGGUUUCAUAGCAGUAGAUGAGGACCAGGGCCAGACCAUGAUAUUUUCCUUCACCGCACCCAAUGGACAGUUCAGUAUCAACCCUUUAAGUGGCGUCAUCACUUCCCUGGGUAUAAUAGACCUGGAUGUUCUUAAUUUGAACACAAAAUCCUAUGAUUUGAAUGUUCAGGUAUCUGAUGGACAAGCCUCAGUAACCACCAACAUUAAAGUGACUGUGAGAGAAGCCAAUGACAACAAACCGAUCAUCCUGGGACCUGGUAGCUAUUCCUAUAACAAAAUGGAUUGUGAUGGACUACAGAAGCUUGGUACUGUCCAGGCAUUCGAUUCUGAUAUUGGCACCAAUGGAGAGUUUGAGUUUAUUGGUGGUACAACUGGACCCUUAACUGUCACUAGAAAUGGUAUGAUUUUUAUGGAGGCCAAUCCUGCCAUAGGCGGUCACUUUGUGGAGGUGAGAGCAAUCGAUCAUGGAGUAAACCCAUUGACAUCCUCAGCACCGGCAACAGUGACUUUGAUAGUCUUAGCUUGUCCAGAGCCCUCCACAACUCCUUCACUAGUUAGUACGGAUACCACGCCAGUCUUCACAGGAGAGACCACACCAUAUUUACCCAUCCCGACCGAUGAGCUGGAAUUCUUCACUAACCCAGACAACAUUCCAUGGUUAGUCCUGGUAGGACUACUUGGGCUGGUUCUUCUGAUUAUGGUCAUGUUCGUCAUCCAUCGACUGUGCUGUGCCAAGCAGCUGCCACCUUUCCCCAGACGACCACCUAGUCCGCCAUACUACCAAAGAGACCCAGAGAGACGGCAACAUCCUAGAGAAUUUGAGAGAUCAGAAAACAGGAAUCAUCCACGAGAAAAAAGACAAACAAGAAGGAAACGGGACAAAAAUAUGGCCAAACGAGGCAAUAGACCUCAGGGACAUAAUAGGUAUCCACCUGGACCCAAUGGGUAUCCUCCUGGACCCAACAACCAGAUACCAAAUAGACCUCCUUACCCUGAUGAUGAUGCCCGAACGAUGAGCCCAUUUAAGAUUGAAACUGACCCAAUGAAUGUUAAUUUUAAACCAAGCACUGAGAGAAAAUCGCAUGAAUAUUUUCAAGAAAAGAAUGAAGAUGUAGUGUCCAGGCGGCAUAUCAACGUUUCUCCUAUCAACUGA